AUGAACAGUGCGGUAUUUGUACGAUGGCUUUGCCACUUUUCGGACGCCGUGCCCAGUGCUGCUCAGCGACCGCUGAUCCUGGUACAUGACGGCUGCAGCAGUCACUACAACGGCGAAAUUGUUCGCGAGGAGUCCACCAUCGAUGUCGUGAUGCGCGAGUACAACCUCAAUGGGGGCGAAGGCUACAUCUCGCGCAAAACAGCCAUUCGCUUGGUAAGCACCGCGUGGACCAAGGCCAUCGUGGACAAUCCUGCCAAUGCGGUCUCUGGCUUUAGAGCGUGCGGACUCUGGCCAGUAUCACUGACGCAGCAGCAGCGUCGGCUCAAGCUAUUUCAAGAUUGGCGGAUGCGUCAAGGACGUCGAGUUGCCCUCCUGGCUCAAGUUAGAGAAGUCGUGCAGACCGAGAUUCUGGUGCUUCUUGCGUCCUCUACUCAUGCUCGUAAGCGGUGCAAUACUAUCUACGUAAAUCGUCGACUCUUCGCGCGUUGGGACUUUUAA